UGACGCACGCCCCCACACCGCCUCGGCUUCCUUCCGCUACUUCCGCCCCAACUAGCUUCACUUCCGGCUCACGCAGCCCCACCCGUCACUGCCGUUAAUGGUGGCGCUCUGUGGGUUGUCGGCGGGGCAGAACAGAGACGAUUAACGUGAGCGUGCUUGGGAAAUAAAAGCGUUGCACAAAAACUGAGGCCGUUGGUAGAGGCCGCGGCGCCCCCCCGCGCCGGGGAGCGGUGGUUUGCGCCGCCGGAGUCCCGUCGUCGUCGUCGUCGUCGUGAGGCGUCAUUCGUGAGGCGGCAGCAGGCCCGACAUGUCCACCCCGGCCCGGCGGCGCCUCAUGAGGGACUUUAAGAGGCUGCAGGAGGACCCCCCGGCCGGGGUGAGCGGGGCCCCGUCGGAGAACAACAUCAUGGUGUGGAACGCCGUCAUCUUCGGGCCCGAGGGGACCCCCUUCGAAGACGGAACUUUUAAACUGACAAUAGAAUUCACAGAAGAAUAUCCAAAUAAGCCGCCUACAGUUAGAUUUGUCUCAAAAAUGUUUCAUCCAAAUGUUUAUGCAGAUGGUAGUAUAUGUCUGGAUAUUCUUCAAAACCGUUGGAGUCCAACCUAUGAUGUAUCCUCCAUAUUAACUUCCAUACAGUCUUUAUUGGACGAACCCAAUCCCAAUAGUCCAGCAAACAGCCAGGCUGCACAGUUGUACCAGGAGAACAAGCGGGAAUACGAAAAACGGGUUUCUGCAAUAGUAGAACAGAGCUGGCGUGACUGUUGACCCAGGAUGAUGUAAAUGAACACUCUGGUCAUGAGGAAAAUAUAUAUAUAUAUAUGAAGUGUUUGAGUCAUCUUCCUUCUGCUCCUCAGCAUCAUUUACAUUUACUUUGGUGAAAGCAAAAUAGCCGUUCUGUUGCCUCCCUCGCUGAAGCUUUUUCCCCCCUCCUUUUGGACAUCAGAAAACACCCACUAAGAAGUCAAACGUACUGUACCUGGGUUACUUGCGAAAAGAAUUACUAAUGCUUAAUUUCUUUUCUGUGGUACUUCUCCAAUCUUAGGGUGGCAGUGUGCAUUUCUGUACUUCACACUGAGCUUUUAAAAUUGGGGUAGGCAGUGAGGCUCGUGGGGCUCGAUGCAAGGCAUGUUGAUGGACAGAGAGCUUUGAAAAGACUGAGGCCCCAGGAGCGGAGUGGGCUAGGCCACUCGUUCACUCGUAUGGUUGUGUUUAGAGCCUACCGUGAUAAGCACUACCUGAAGACUGACCUCUCAGUCAUGGCUCAUGGAAUAGUGGAGCAGAAGCCUUCUCAGUAUAGACAAGUCAAGCUCUACCCACUUUAAUGAGGCUUAGGAAAUGGCUCCCGUCCCCUUCCAAACCGGCAGAACUUCACUGUGGUAUGCGCUAGUGGACCGGAGAGGGUCGUGCAGAGCAAGCCGACCAGCUGGUGCAUUUAAUGGGUUAGAAAUCACAGGUCUGCUUCAGCAGAAAGAUCUUCUCUAUUCCAGAAAACGAAGGCGUGUAUGUGUGUGUUUAUAAUGGGGGGAAAAGAAGACGGAGCUAAUGUUGGUCUGUCACUGAUUUGUACAAGAAGUAGCGAUGCUCUGGCAGACAAUUUAUGUGAGGGGAAAGAAACCCAGAGUACCAAGGAGAUGUUGACUUCUUUCCUACCAGUAUAAUAGGUGCAUUCUUUCUUGGUCUUUGAAAAUUUCAAGGCAAAUCAUACUGUGGAGAAGGCUGUGUGUACCUUUGGAUGGAUUUGGCAGCACCGCGCAUAGCUCAAGAUGUAAGACAUGUAUUGGAAAGAGUCUCUGUACCUCAAAAUGUGUAAGCCUUUACACAAGUAACCCAUGUAAAGAGGAAUGUGUACAAUUUUCAAAAAGUGUAAAGUAAAUGUAACAGAAAAACAA